UGCACGCUGCUCGACCAACCAAAAAAAUAAAUAAGUUGAAUUAACGAAAAACACUUGAGCAAAAUGUCAGCUAGCAAGCGUAAGAAUCUGAAUGAUAUGGAGGUAGAUCAAAAGGAUGACGACUCGAGCUCCAGUGACGAGGAUAAGGACGGACUACAUCCAGACGCCUACACUGGCAAUGAGGAGGUACAGAUUGACUUCGAGGGUCGUACACCCGUGGAUCCCGAUACAGAGGGCAUCUCUCAGCUGCUGCAGCGUCUCUUCUUGCGGGCCCAAAUCAACUGCAACCAGAUGGCGGAUUUGAUUAUAGCUCAAAACAAUGUGGGCAGCGUAAUCUGCCAGGUGGACGACGACGAGCUUGAGAGCGAAACGGAUGAUGACAUGGUCGAAGAGGGCACUGUCUUUGGCAUCACCUCUGUGGUGAAUCUAUCGACUAAGAAGGAUCAGCCAUGCGUCAGUCAGCUGCGCACAUAUCUGCUUGAACGCGCCAAGUCGUAUGCUCCGGAGCCAGUGCUGGAGCAGUUGAGCAAUCUGCUGGACAUCGAAGAUCCGCCCCAUUUGGGAUUCCUGAUCAACGAACGCUUCAUCAACAUACCAGCACAGAUCUGUGUGCCGCUGUUCGAUAACCUGAAAAUGGAAAUUGAUCAUGCCAAGUCCAAGAAAAUGAAAUUCCAUUUCGGAACGUUGCUGCUCCUCGUCAAGUUCUUUCGCAAGGAGGCCAAGAAGGGCAAGCCUGCCGAGGACAAUUACAUCAAUGCCGAGGACGAGCUGCUCUCGGAGAAGGCCAAGUUCUCCUUCGAGUGGUCUGUGGCCUCCGAAUGCGACACCGGCAUGUCCGGACAUUGGCUGGAGGACGAUGCGGUAAUGACGCCAUACAGGAAGCUUUUGGCACUGGAUGCCAAGCAGUUUCCGCAGUUGAUUAAGGACAUACAGAGCUUCAUAAACAAUGAAUAAAUGUAGAAUUUAACUUUUAAACAUU